AUGAACAGGACAAGAGAAUAUAACAAAAUUGUACAAACCUCAAAUAUACCACAAAGAUUAAUAUAUAAACCUGAUACUCCUCUUAAUGAAUUAUUUAUAAUAGAUAAACGUAUUAAAUCUAAUUUAUCAAAUAUCUUGAAAUGUAAAUAUGAAGUAUUUAAUGUUAGAAAUAAAAUAACUGAUGUUCAAAAUAUGUGCCAGGAUAUUCUUAACAAAUUGAAGGAUAUUUCGAUUACUUACACCAAUCCUCAAGAAGAAGAUGUUUAUAAUACGUGUUUUAAUAUUUUAAAAAGUAGAAUUAACGAAUACAAAUUGCAGACAAUUUUUUACUUAAGAAAGUGUGAAAGUGAUCAUAAUAAUAAAAAACAAAGCUAUCAUAAACUUGUAUCUACAGAAACAGAAAAUGAACCUAAAAAUUCAAUAAACAAUCCUUCUUAUAUUCAGCAAGAGAUUUUACAAGAGGAAGUAAAUAUAAGGUUGCGUAGGCAGGAUUCUACGCAGCGAGAAAUUUCACAACAAAUUUCUGAGAUAGGAAAUCUUAUGGAAGAAAUUGGAAUACAUGUUUCAUUACAAGAAGAAAGUUUUAAGCGAAUUGAUGAUUUAAUGAAACAAAGCGAUAAAUUUUUAGAUAGUAGUCUUUUUAUAUUAAAAAAAGGAAUAGAAGGGGUGACUAGUACAAGAAAAUCGCUUAUAAAAUUUUUUAUGUUUUGGAUCAUUUUAGCUAUAAUUUUCUGGAUGUUUAGACGAUAA